AAAAAAACCUUUGCCAGCAGAACAAGAUGUCACUUAGGAGUGACGUCACGUCGCAAGUUUCUGCAGUAAAAUUAAAUUAUUCGGAUUGUAACGUUAAGUGAUUAUUGUCUCCUUUUGACUGGUAAUAAAGGAAAAAUACACUAAACGGUUUAUGUUUUAAUGUGGCAUAACACAACUAAGGGCACAAGGCUGACUUCAGCUUCUUAUUCGCUGCAUCUAGGACAGACGUUUAACAUCCUUUGAAGAAAGAUUUUACUACUAAAUAAAUCUGCGCAGUAGUUUCUGUAUUGACAUAAUCAUGUAAAGUUUUGUUUGCGAUAUUCAAAGUUUGCAAAAGUGAACGUUCACAUAAAGGCUCAAGUUUGGCACCAAAUUAUAUUUAAUAUCAGUUACGUCGACUCAGAAAACAAUAACAUUACAAUUAUCGUUUUUGUAACAAAAAGGUUAAAGAUUCUGGUUGCCAACCUAACUUUGAGAAAAGAUUUGUCCUUCGAGCCGGAUUCGAACCAGCGACCUAAGGAUGACAGUGUUCAACCUCUACAGUCCUCCGCUCUACCAACUGAGCUAUCGAAGGGCUACGUCACAGCGCGGCAGUAAACAAAUUUUUGUACUUAGCAAAGCAUAAGGAACACAAGCGUGUUAAUUUCAACACGCUUAACGUUACACAGAAAAAGAAAUAAAAGUCUCAGGAUAUAACAGUUACAAAACAGAUUUUUCUACCCAUCAAGUUAAAAUUCAAUUAUUAUAUUAAAAUGCAUUGCUACAUAUCACACCACUAAGUGUCAUUGUACAAUGAUUCAAGUUGUAAAUGUCACAAUUUAAGGAUUUCUUGGUUUUCAUUCAGUUUGACGUACUGUAGAAGUACUGUAACUGGGAGUGGUUAUUUGUGGCUCCUGUCAAUCAUCACAAACGCUCUGCUCCUAUUGAUAGAUGCAGCUGUCUCUUGCCGUGUCUACCCAAUCAGGAAUCUGUUUUUAAAUAAGACCACCACCUGUCACUCACAAAUUACAUGCUAGCACACUGGUAUAAGCCGGGUACAGCGGGACCAUCUAGAAUCAAACAAAUGCUUUUAUCAUUCUUAAGAAGAAGAUAAUGAUCCUGUAAGGCAUUCUUGAUAUAUCAUUCAUCCUAUCCAUCCCAUUCAAUUCCCUUACAUUCCUAAAGAAAAGCCAUCUCACUAUCACUGUAUACACUAGAUUCCUAAAACAGCCCUUCGUAAAGCGCAUCUGCUUUUACAUAGCAAAUGAAAUAUGUCAUAGCACUAGCUUUAGUGAUGCUGGUUUUCAUCCGUGUCAGAUGAGACUAUAGUCAUAAAUCUAAUAGGAAGUGGUUGGAAGCGUAUUAUAUGUACAGUAUGUAUAAACAUAAAAGAGAAAGGGCAUGACUCAAAGUAUUAUUUCCCAAAGGAUUGGCGGUGACUAUAGAUUUCCAACAUAAGAGCCUGGUAAAAUGUUAAUGAGAAUUCUUGGUACACAAAUAGGAUUUGGGUAGACGCCACUGAACACUUGGUUGCCUUUGUCUGUUAUCUGCUAUCUUUUUACCUUUCACAUUGUCUUAAGAGGGUAAAAAUAGAAUACAGACCUAAUUAUCCCUUAAUGCAAAUUCUCAUUCUCUGGAAUUUGGGAGAUUUGGGAAUUUAAGGAAAUUAUUUGGAAAUUUUGGGUUAUUUAUACAAGCUGCAUCGCAUACCAACAUAAGCUUCCUUGACAUUUGACUCAUCUUCAUCCGCGUGCCACAAUUCCCAUAUAAUUUCCAUGGAAAGCUUUCAAAAUUCUCAGACUCCGAGCAUAGAAUUAAACAACUGUUGCUAGACAAUAAGAUCAUUGGCUUGGUUAGCCCUACUCAUACAUGGUGUGAAACAAGAUCCUUACCAAUGGACAAAUGGGCCCGUGCAUCUGUUUGGGGUCUGAAAUAGGCACUCUUUACACCACAAAGGUUUUAGGGUGGUAGAGUCAGAGGUUAAAGGUCAGGGUCUUGGUAUAGAGCUCUUGGCAGAACAAAACAAGGGAAAAAAUAGAUCCUUGAUGCAUCUGUCCAAACAGCUUACCUCUGUCUCAUUCAGCGAAGGUCACGUGGUUAGGGCGGACCCUAUAAAACCACGAGGCUUCCACAGAGACCAGCUCAGUCCUAUCGCUCUCUUCCUGAACCACAAGCUGAGCAUAAAGUCAAAUUCCCUCUCUUCCCAUAAGACUCAGAAGUAGCACCAUGUGUGACACAGAGGAGUUCGUUGAGGAGUAUGAGGAGGAACAGGAGGAGGUGAACGAAGAGGAGGAGGCUGAAGAGGAAGAGGCUGUUGAGGAAGAGGCUGUGGAAGAAGAGGCUGUAGAGGAAGAGGCAGAGGAGGAAGAGCAGGAAGAGGAAACACAGGAGAAAGUGGAAGAAGAUGAAAAGGAGGCAGAAAAGCCCAAACCCAAGAUGUUUGUUCCCAACAUCAUAGCACCAAAGCUCCCCGAUGGAGAAAAGGUGGACUUUGAUGACCUCCACCGCAAGCGUGUGGAGAAAGAUUUCAAUGAAUUACAGAGUCUCAUCGAGUUCCACUUCAACAACAGGCAAAAGGAAGAGGAUGAACUCGUUGCUCUAAAGAAUCGCAUAGAGCGGCGUCGGGCCGAUCGUUCCGAGCAACAGCGCAUCAGAACCGAGCGUGAGCGAGAGAGGCAGGCGCGCCUUGCCGAGGAGAGGACACGGCGUGAGGAGGAGGCGGCCAAAUUGCGUGCGGAGGACGAAGCCAGGAGGAAAAAGACCCUGUCCAACAAGGGCUAUGGAGGGUACCUGCAGAAAGUGGAUCAGAAGAAAGGCAAGAAGCUGACGGAACGCGAAAAGAAGACCAAGGCUCUCAUGGAGCGUCGCAAGCCCCUCAACAUCGAUCAUCUCAACCAGGAGAAGCUGGCAGAAAAAGCUCUUGACCUCUAUAAGUGGCUCAGUCAGCUCCACGCAGAGAAGUUUGACCUGGCGGAGAAGCUAAAGAGUCAGAAGUAUGAAAUCAAUGUUCUGCGUAAUCGCGUCAGCGAUCAUCAACGGGGAGCCAAGACAACCAAGAGCUCCAGAAAGUCCUGGAAGUAAAUUUGAUGGAUUAACAGAUGCAGAAUAAAGUGAACUAAACGGUUUGUUGGAAACACAGUCUCUUAUCAGACUUUGUAGGACAACAUCUAUUUUAUUUUUAUUGAAGAUCUUCAUCCUAUUUCACCUUUAUUUUACAUAUCACACAUGCAAAGGGUUUUGUUGUGUAAAAGUUUGGACUUACAGAAAGCUCAUACUGUACAGUAUUUUUGCUCAGUGUCUCAAUGUGAUGUGAC